GUGAUCGCACCUGCGAAGCUUUUAAUCGCAGGUGCGAAGCCGCAUAUGCGCGAAAUCAGCCGCAAAAGCGGCCAAGAGUGGAACUGGGCACUACUCGCAUGUGCGAAGAAAUUGCCGCAUCUGCGAGGCCGCAUGUGCGAAGGGUAUGCGCAUCUGCAAGCCUGUAGAUGCGAGAAUGGCGCUGCAGUUUCGAAAUUUGAGAAUGCCGACUGUUUUCGCAGGCGCGUAUUUUUGUCCGCAGAAGCGAGGGUCGCAGGUGCAACCCCUUGUCUGCAGAUGCGGAAAUCGCUGGGACAGAAGCUUAAAUUCGGGGUUUCGUGAUGUUUACUCAUUUUCGGAUUUUGGAGCUCGGGUUGAGCGAUUUUGGAGAGGAAUUUUUCCACACAACUUGGGAUGCGAGCAGUUCAAAAGUUGUUACGCGCAGAAUGGAAUUUCUGGAGCAUUGUUUAGCUUGCUCGAUAUUGGAUUUGGCUUAUUCGAGAUGUUGGCUGAUGUUGUUACUGUACUCGAUGGUUGCCGGAUUUGA